UCCUCAAUCCCCUGUCUUCUCAACGUUAUCACAACCCGUACUGUAAUACAAACCCACACAACACGCAACCAUGUUCCUCUCCGCGAAGCGCACAUUUAAACUUCUUCUCCACACUCCCAUCAUUCCCCCUACCCCCGGCCCGCAAGCGAUUGAACUCGCCACCAUCCCCUCCACUUCUGCCAAGUUCUCCACCGCUGCACCUCCUCGACUUCGAACCCGAACAAUCUCCAACUUGAGCGUGCGCGGUUACGAUCCUUCCUCAUCAUAUUAUCGAUCCGUCGGUAUACAGAAGAGGGGAUAUGCAGAGAACAAGAGGGAAGAGGAAGCGUACCCCGAAGAGGCUGAAGGAACGGAAGCUGGGCCGAGCGAUGUGUCUCAUUCUAAUGCCGCGUUCAACAAAGAUGCCAAUCCAGAAACAGCCGCCAAAGGAGUUGAGCAAGAGACUGGAAAAGACUACACUCGCAAAUCUCCUGCCAACCCCGAAGAGUCAAGACCCGCCGGAAAGCAAGGCGAAAAGGGUAGUGAAUCGCCUCUGAACACCUCUAGUCACCCCGAGGGUCGAUAAGACGAUCUCGAUUUGCUGUACGAUUAGGCAGGCCAAGGUGUAAUCAUAUUAAAAGAUAUUAGAGAUCUCUGUAGCAAUCCAUAAAUUAUAAUCAAUCUGCAUUUUAAUCAUAGCAUGCAUUAGACCGGC